AGAAAGUCCCUCAGUUGAGCCGAGAGAGCGCGGCGAGCGGCACGGGAGGAGCGGGCAGACGUGGAGAGAGCCGUAACCGUCGUCGUUUAUUUUUAAAAACGCAGUUUUCCCCCCGGACACGGACGCUGGGACUUGUUUUUCUGUACGGAGCUCCUCCGGCUUUGGUGGAUACCGCGCGUGUUGUGGGUUCUUCUGCCUUGUGGACGGCUGAGGCAGCUCGGCAGAGGCAGGAUGCGUGGGGGCUGAUACGGGAGAUUCGCGCCGGGGUCGCUUUUCCUCUUCUGGACUAUGCUGGCGUGGAAAGUCUGGCAGUUCUGAAGCCUCCUGAUCAGAUUAUGAAGAUUUCGUAUCGCUGUGUCAAUGACGGGUAAGAUGGAAACACCCUUCUAUCACGAUGACACGCCAAGCGUUCCAAACUUUGGACAGAUUCCAGAUUACGAUCGAUAUCAAAGCCACAAGAUGAUGAGCAAGAAGAACAUGGCUGUGCAUAACUUCCCUGGCGCAGUGGGAAGCGCCUCCGGCCUCAAGCUGCUGCCGGGCCAGGCCGGGAGCAACGGCAACAUCAACCCCAACAGCCUGGGCAUUAACAGCAACCCCAACAGCUCUCUGAUGGCCUCGUCCGACAUGAACCUCCUGAAGCUCUCCUCUCCUGAUCUGGAGCACCUGAUCAUCCAGUCUAACCAGGGGCUGGUUACGACAAGCCCUGCUCCUAGUUCUGCUGGCAACGCUUUCAUGUACAGGAACCAGGCCACGAACGAACAGGAAGGCUUUGCGGACGGCUUCGUCAAGGCUCUAGCGGAUCUUCACAAGCAGAACCAGCUGGUUGGAGCCCCCAUGUCCCCUUCCUCCUCCAUCCAGGGCCAAUACCAGAGGAGCCUCAUGUCGAGCGGGGAGAUGCCCAUAUACACCAACCUAAGCAGCUACAACCCUAACCAGCUCUCGUCCUACCCUGGAGGGCAGAUUCCCUACAGCGCCUCCGCCCAUGCCGCGGCCCACUCCAGCCAGGGUCAGGGUCACCACCCCCACGGCCGCGGUCUAGACGCUCCUCAGACCGUCCCGGAAGUUCCUCACCCGCCCGGCGGAGAUCCCACCAGCUCCCCGCCGUCCCUGUCGCCCAUCGACCUGGAGACCCAGGAGAGGAUCAAGGCCGAGCGGAAGAAGCUGAGGAACCGCAUCGCGGCCUCCAAGUGCCGCAAGAGGAAGCUGGAGCGGAUCUCGCGGCUGGAGGAGAAGGUGAAGGUGCUGAAGGCGCAGAACUCGGACCUGGCGUCCACGGCCAGCAUCCUGCGGGAGCAGGUGGCGCAGCUCAAACAGAAAGUCAUGAAUCAUGUGACCAAUGGCUGCCAGAUAGCAGUCAGCUCAGCCACCAUGGCCAAAAGUGGGGAGAGCACCAGCUGCUGAAACAAUGAGAGAUGCAAAAAGGGUUUUUUCCUCCCUCUCUCACUCUCUCUCACUCUCUCUCACUCUCUCUCACUCUCUCUCUCGCUCUGUGUCUCUGCCUCACCCUGAACUCUCGUUCUCUCCUCCGCAACCUUGUCUCGCCGUGGGAGUCAGCAGCGCGAAGAAGCGAUGAGGCAACGCGAGACGGACGGCGUAAAAGCGGAGACGGUCCAACCGACAUGGACACAAUUCCAGAAACGGAGAGAGCGCGAGAGAGGGAACCUUUGGUGCGGCGGAGGCAGCCGCGACUCGGCCCCAGCCUCCGGGCGUCACUCUGAAACGGUUUCACCUACGGACUGUGCGAUUUUCCAGAGAAUACAAUCACGAGCACGCCUCGCCUCGCCUCGCUUACACGGCUUUUAAGCGGCGUGUUAUUGUUUGACUGCACUUUGAACUUGAACUCCAUGAGGUCAAUAGGGAACCUGCGGACUGGGACACAGCAAUACUAACCAAACCCCCAACAAACGGGAUGACUUAGUAAGGGAACAGCAACAAUCCGUCAGCACAGGCCGGGUUUAGGACACGAACCGUUGACUCACUGCGGGGAUUCCUGCGCUGGAAAAAAAAAAAAAAAAAGAUUUUCUCCCCCCAGAGGAAGACGAUCAACCCAGCUUAUGACUAAAAAGGCAAUUUUCCACUUCAAGGA